CGGGGGCGGGCGGCGCGUGCGCAGGGCGGGCGUCCGGCCGGUCAGUCCGCGCGCGCCCUCGCCAUGGCUCGGUGGCUGCAGGCUCUGGCGGUCGUGUUGCUGCUCGCCGCCGCCGCGAGCGCGCGUAAAUCCCCCGCCCCGAGCAAACACGAGCCCCAAAUCGAAGAGGUCACCGCCAAACAGUUGGAGAGAGUGCUGGAAGACAAGGAUUUCGUCGCGGUGUACUGGUAUGCAAGAAGCUGUGUAACGUGUGACAAGGUACUGGAAGAACUUGAAAAGAUAGAUGACGACACGGACACGUUCGGAGUGGACUUCGUUAAGAUCAACGACAAGCGGCUCGCGAAGCAGUAUGGCAUCACGAAAUUCCCCGCCCUCACGUACUUCCGUGAGAAGGAACCGAUCAUUUACGAAGGAGAUCUCAUGGACGAAGAGAGCGUCCUGGAUUUCUUGACGAGUUUAGAAGCAAUGGACCUUCCUGACCGGAUAGAAGAAGUCAACCAGAAAAUCCUAUCGAAAAUCAUCGAGGAUACUAACUAUGUAGCAGUUCUCUUCUGUCCUGAUCACAAAAGUUGCGGCCCGUCAAACAACAAGCCAGAAUGUAAGAAAUGCGCUAAAGCUCUGCAAGAGCUGGAGAACAUUGACGACGAGGCUGACCAACUCGGGAUCGGUUUCGUGAAGAUCCACGACGAGGAACUAGCCGAGGAGUACAAUCUUGGAGACCUGCCAAGACUGGUGUACUACAGGCAUCAGAUACCUAUUAUCUAUGAAGGUGAGCUGAGCAGAGAAGAGGAUGUACUGGAGUGGUUGAUCACUAAUAAAUCUACCGGUGAUGAAGAGGAUAUCAUUGAAGAUGUUACAGCAAAGACUUUGAAUACCUUAAUCGGGAAUGUCGAUAACCUUGUCGUACUGUUCUACGACCACGGUGACGAUGAGUCGAUGACAGUUCUGGCUGAGCUUGAGAAGAUUGAUGAUGACUGUGACCGCCACGGCAUUCAGUUUGUCAAGAUCGAUGAUGUCAAAGCAGCCAAAGACUUCGGUAUCGAUGACCUACCAUCCAUCGUUUACUUCGAAAAGCAAAUCCCCAAUGUUUACGACGGUGACCUUGAGAAUGAAGAGGAAAUCUUGGAGUGGCUCGUCGAACAGCUUGAGAAGGACGAGAUUGAAGAUGUCACCGAUGAAAUGUUGGACCGACUUAUCAAAGAUGGCAAGACUGUCGCCGUGUUAUUUUAUGAUAAUAACGACCGUAAAUCACAGAAAGUACUUAACGAACUGGAGAAUAUUGAUGAUGAAUGUGAUCAACUUGGAAUUGCAUUUGUGAAAAUUGAUAAUGAUGAAGAAGCUCAAGAAUAUGGCAUUGAAAAAGUCCCUACGCUGCUUUACUUCGAAAAGGGUAUACCAACUUACUAUGAAGGCAACUUAGAAGAAGAAGAAAAGGUUCUGGACUGGCUCAGACAUCAGACUGAGAGUGAUGAAAUUGAAGAUAUCACCGAUGAAAUGCUGGACCUGAUCAUCGACAAAAUGCAAUACGUUGCCGUCCUGUUCUACGACAAGGACCAAAAGAAGAGUCAGAAGAUUUUGAGUGAGCUGGAGAACAUCGAUGAUGAGUGUGACCAAAAUGACAUCGCCUUCGUCAAGAUCGAUGAUGAUAAGGAAGCUAAGGAGUACGGUAUUGAGACUAUUCCCACGAUGGUGUUCUUUGAAAGAGGCAUCCCUCACGUGUACGAAGGCGAUCUGAUGAAGGAAGAAGAGUUGUUGGGAUGGUUGCUCCACCAGAAACGUCACAGCGAAAUCCCCGAGGUCACUGAUGAAAUGAUGGACAAACUUAUUGUCAGCACACCUUACUUGGCCGUGAUCUUCUACGACAGAGAAGACAAGCAAGACAUCCGAAUUCUUAACGAGCUGGAGAACAUCGAUGAUGAACUAGAAAAGGAAGGCAUAGUCAUUGUAAGAAUGGACAAUGAAAAUGAGGCCAAGCAGUACGGUAUCGACCAUCUACCGACACUCGUGUACUUUGAAGAGAACAUCCCAGCUAUAUAUGAAGGAGACCUAAUGAAUGAGGACGAAGUACUAGAGUGGCUGAUUGAACAAAAGAACAGUGCUACCAUUGAAGAAGUUACGGAUGAGAUCUUGACUGAUCUAAUUGAAGAGCACGAAUAUGUAGUGGUGUACUUCAGUGGUAACUGCGAGGAAGGCGAAGAAUGUGACAACAUCCUAGAUGAGCUAGAAAACAUCGAUGACGAACUGGACGAGACCGGUAUCAUCUUCGUCACCACUGAAGACAUCAGCCUCGCUAAGAAAUACGGCAUCAAGACCUUCCCCACACUCGUGUUCUUCAGGAACAAGGAUCCUCUCAUUUACAAGGGUGACAUCGAGGAUGAAGAUGAGGUACUGGCGUGGUUGACCGACGAAGACACCCUGGAGAUCCCUGGCAAGAUCGAAGAGGUUAACUCUAGGAUGCUGGAAAAGAUCUUGGAAGAGAACGACCACGUUGUUGUAUUCUUCUACAAAGAAGGCGACAAGAAGUCUCAAAAGAUCCUGAGCGAGCUCGAAAACAUUGACGAUGAAUGUGAAGAGAAAGACAUCGAUUUCGUCAAGACUUCCGACGACGGCAUUGACAAGGAGUACGACCUUUCUGAUUUACCAGCUCUUGCCUUCUACAGGCACAAGUUCAGGACUAUCUAUGAAGGUGAUCUGAUGCAUGAAGAAGCUAUACUUAAAUGGGUGUUGGAACUCCACGACUCGCAGCCUGACGUCAUCGAGAACGUAGACAGGAAAACCUUGAAAGACCUCAUCGAUGACGUUGAACAUCUAGCCGUAUUUUUCUACAGCGAAGACUGUGACACUUGUGAUGAUAUCCUUGAGGAGUUGGAGACGAUAGAUGAUGACACAGACAAGCACGGCAUUCAGUUUGUCAAAUCCAAGGACUCAAAGCUCGCAUCAGAUAUUGGUAUAUUUAGCUUCCCAGCACUCGUCUACUAUGAAACAGGUGUUCCUAUCAUGUACGACGGUGAUUUAAAGAACGAAAAUAAGGUUCUGCAGUGGCUUGUAGAUCAAAAAAGCGAUCGCUGUUUCUACAUUGGAUUGGGGGCGAAACCGGCCGUCCCAAAAAUGACUUACGAACCCUACCAGUGCUGUCCCACUAAAGUUCAGAGUCCAACCAAAAUAGCGAAGGCCACGCCGACCAAGGUGCCGAAGAAAAUCGAGAAGCAGCCACAGAAACCCGAGAAGGAGGUCAAGGGCAAAAACAAGGCCCUCGCCAAACCAGACAAACCGUCCAAAGGGAAAAAAGGGGAUCUAUUGGACGAAUCUGAGGUGUUGGAUUGGAUGAUCAGACAGAAGGAAGAUGAAAGUAUAGAGGAAAUUGACAGAGAACAACUUUUUAAAUAUAUAGAAACUAAAGAAUUCCUGGCUGUCGUAUUUUAUAAAGAAGAAGAUCCAGAUAGUCCAAAAGUACUAAGGCACGUGGAACUAAUAGAUGAUGAAGCAGCUGAGUACGGAAUCAAAAUUGUAAAAUGUAGCGAUCGGUUAAUGGCGAAGAAGUAUGGGUUCCGUAACCCGCCGGGUAUAACUUACUUCAGGAAAACAAAAGCGAUCAACUAUGACGGCGACAUCGAUGACGAAGAAGAAAUACUUGACUGGUUGACAAAUCCUGAGAACAUGGAAUUGACUGAUCAUAUCGAAAAAGUUAACAGGAAAAUGUUCCAGAAAAUCAGACAGACUUCGGAUUACGUUGCGGUAUUCUUUUACAGUAAUGACUGCAAACAGUGUCCUAAAGUGCUAGCAGAAAUUGAGCACAUUGAUGACGAUGCUGAUGAUUCUGGUAUCAAUUUCGUGAAGAUUGACGAUAGGCAGAUGGCCAAGGAGUUUGGAGUGUUCGCUCUGCCUGCUGUCUUAUUCUUCAAGAUGGGUUCAAAAGAUCCUGUUAUUUAUGCUGGAGAUUUAUAUGACGAACAACAACUAUUAAGUUGGUUAUUAACUCAGAAGAAUCCAGCAGGUGAUGUUAUAGAAGCCAUUGAAGGUCAAGAUCUUCUUGACUUGAUUGAAGAGUCCGGAUCACUGGCAGUUUACUUUUAUAGUUUGGACUGCGAGCAAUGCGCUGGAAUACUGGAAGAGCUAGAGAAUAUCGAUGAUGAUUGCGACAGACAUGAAAUCAAAUUCGUUAAGACUCAAGACUAUUCAAUAGCCGAAUCUUAUGGAGUGACAGAUUUUCCAGUCCUAGUUUACUUUGAAAAUAAUGUACCAAAUGUGUACGAGGGAUCUCUGGCUGAAGAAGAGGAAGUGCUACAGUGGUUGAUUACGCAGAAGACAGAGGAUCGUAUCGAACUUAUAACACGAGUUAUGUUAGAAAACAUGGUUGAGGAAACUCAGUAUUUGGCUGUCUAUUUCUACAAAUUAAACUGCCAUAUAUGCGACCAUAUUCUUGAAGGACUUGAGAGUAUAGACGACGAAUGUGAUGUCUACGGUAUACAUAUGGUAAAGAUUCAAGAUCCGCAACUCGCAAAGAGAUAUUCAAUUAAAACUUUCCCUGCUAUGGUUUACUUUAGGAAUGGUAACCCUCUUCUAUUCGAAGGCGAUUUGCAAAAUGAAGAGUCUAUUCUAGAAUGGCUUAUUGACGAUGAUAACAGAGAAUUAGCAGAUGAAAUUGAGUCUGUCAACGAGAGAAUGUUGGAGAGGUUACUUUACGAAUCACAUCUUUUGGUGGUCUUCUUCUAUGAUGACGAUGACUGUCCAGAAUGUGAAGAAAUUCUAGAAUCUCUUGAACAAAUUGACGGAGAAGUUGACCAAUUUGGUAUUGAUUUCGUCAAAAUCGCUAGCCAAGAAGCAGCUGCAACAUACAACAUUGUGAACAUACCUUCUUUAGUGUACUUCCGUAAGCAGAUUCCGAUGUUGUACGAUGGAGAUCUCCACCAAGUGGACAGAAUCUUACAAUGGUUGACAUCUCAGGACGUCUUUGAAAUCAAAAACGAAAUUGAGGAAGUCAAUCGUAAGAUGUUGGACAAACUGUUGGAGGAGAACGAAUUCCUGGCGGUAUAUUUCUAUGAAAAAUCAGCCGAAAGCCGUGCUGUUUUGGACAAAUUAGAGAACAUUGACAGUGAAACAGAUAACCUGGACAUUACGUUCGUAAAGAUGCAAGAUCCACGAUACGCUCGCAAGUGGGGAGUUACUAAACUGCCAGCUAUUGUGUACUUCAGGAAGAGAUUCCCGAGUAUAUACAGAGGAGACCUCAUGUCUGAAGAUGAAGUACUGGAGUGGCUCCGAAAGAACAGGUUCCGGCAGCCUGAGCUAAAUAUCUUCAUGUAUGCUCUGAUAGCGCUGUCGAUAGCGUUCGUGAUGUACACCGCUUUCCUACUGCAGUGCUUCAAGCCUGCCCCUCCCGCGCCCGCGCCGCAUCCGAAGCAGGCGUGAGCCCACUGACUUUUAGUCUUCCUCAUAGAUUGUGACUUAUCGGCCUCAUGGCUUAGACUACACCGACUUCGACACAUGAUCAGUUAGUCCUUGACGAUCCACCGAUGCAAACUUUCUUCAGACAUGGACUAAGGAUCAACUUAUACGUUUACGUUCUUGGGAUCAAACUUUUAUAGAGAUUUUUAGUGAACGACGAAUACACUGGAUUGAUAUAGACAAGUUUUUAGAACUCUGAUCUUGGAUCGGUUUGAUUGUGACCUUCAUUUCUUGUUCAAUGGCAUUUUGAAGUACGAUCGUUUUGUUAAGACUGUAUUCUCGGUAGAAAUCUGAAUGGAAAUAGUGUGAGAUGUACCGUUUUCCAUUAUCCAAUCCGUGUUUAUGAUACAGUGAUUUUAUCACCGAUUAUGUCUUCUUGUUACUUAAUGUCUAUAGCCUUAAAGGUUUCGUUGAGCCUUUGUUAAGUUUGUGUUUGAGUUUUUUGAGCUCUCGAACAAUGUUACUUAUUGAUAGAAAUCAAUUUUUCUUUAACCAGACAUAAUAUUAUGUAUAAGACAUCAUCUGUAUGUCCAAUAUGCUUAUUUUUUGGAAAUAUUCCGAUAGUUUCUUGUCGUGUGUUUCGUGCCGUCUCUUAUGUUUUUGUAGCUUUUUGUUUUGUCAGUGAUUUUGUUUUAGAGCUCAUUUUUUUCGAGUGACUGUCCAAUGGGCGGGAGCUGGACUGACGCCCGCAUGGUACUACGAUACUAACUUAUGUUCUAGUUCUUUAUUAAAUACGUUAUAUUUUCAUGUCAAACUAGUUUCUUCGAUGUUAGAUUCUGGUAAUGUUUUAAUGAAUACGUUGAUGAUUGUGUAGUUUAUCUCCACUCCAAAGAGAGUAAUUUUUUCUUGCGAAUUGAUCCGAUCUUUCUAUAUCCUCUUUUACUACAUAAAUAAUUGAAGAAACUUCUUGAUUGCCUUCAAACAGUUCUUAAUGACCACCCAAACCAAAAUUUACAUCUUUAUUAUUUAAUUUAUCGACAACUGCAUCAUCAUCAAUGUUACAAGUAACGUAGUAACAUGCUCGAUAAACUCUGUAUCAUUCCCGCUCGUAUUGUAUAUUAUUGUGUAUAAUUAUAAUGAUACCUUCAACCAUGAAACGAAAGGGAGGCAUGUUGGCUGUAAACGCACAAAUGUGAGACAAUGGGAAUAUUACGAAGGAAGAAUUAUGUAGGUCGUACUUCAAUGGAGGAAAUUGAACAAGGACAGAUGUAGCUGGAGGUGGAUGAGAGGAAGGGAAGGUUGAUAUCAGAGUAAGUAUACGACUUAUAAGAAAUAUAGAGAUAAGAUUCUCAUGACGUUGAGUAUUCUGCAAAGCAUCUUAUCUGCGAGUCGUGUCACCUUUGUGCGUAAAUGGCCGAGUAAAAAAUUAUGCUCAAAUGAGUCGUGCGCUAAGACAUGCGCAUUCGUUAAUAUUAACGUUGUAUAUAAAAUGUAAAUAAAAUAUAUAAAAUUAAAUAAAAAU